UAUUUUUAAAAAUAAUUUUCAAACAAAAUAAAAAAAAAUGUUUGCAAUUAUAUAUACUUUAGUUUUGUUGAAUACAAUUAUUGGCAAUUUUAAUGUUUACGGAUCAUUCAUAACUAAACUACCCGCUAAUGCUAACACUACCAGUGCUAUCUAUCUGUGCGGCGGUUACGAUGGAUCUGUCUAUCAGACCGGUUGCUAUAAAUACGAUACCCGAUCGGGUGAUUGGCCACCAAUGCAACCAAUGGACACUAGUCGGGCAUAUUUCGGGUUUGUUGCGGCCAAUAAAAAAUUGUAUGCAAUUAAUGGCUGGAAUGGUAAGGAAAUUGUUAAUACAGUUGAAUCAUACAAUACGCAAACAAAUCAAUGGAAAUUAGUGGCAUCGUUGAAAAAUAGCCGAGAUAAGUUUGAUGCAGCAGUUAUUAACAAUACUAUCUAUGUUUGUGGCGGUGAAAAUGAGGAUACAUGCGAAUACUAUUUGGAUAAAAAUUUAUGGGAAUUUAGUACACCUAUGGGCGAAAAACGGGAGGGUCUGGCACUGGUAUCUAACGGUGCGUACUUGUAUGCCAUUGGCGGCUACGAUGGUUACAAUUAUCUAUCAUCGAUGGAAAGGUAUGAUCCAACAUCUAGACAAUGGGUACCAAUGAAAUCAAUGCAUUCAACAAGGGCAUUUUUUGGUGCAGCAUCAUUUAAAGAUAAAAUUUUUGUAUGUGGUGGUCACGGCACCGGUACAGCCAUUUGUGAAUCGUAUGAUCCUAAACUAAAUCAAUGGACACCAAUAGCAUCAAUUAAAGAUAAACGAUUUGAUUUUAAAUUGAUUGCAUUUGAAGAUGAAUUGUAUGCAUUUGGUGGCUAUUCAGAUUACGAGAUAAGCGAUACGGUUGAAGUAUACAAUUAUUUAGCCGAUAAAUGGGCUAAAUCUAAACCAUUGCCACACAAACUAAUGGAUUACGGGGUUGCUGUUCUUUAA